UUUGAGUCCUUAUAAAAUGAAUACUAAUGAGAAGGGUGUGUUCUUUCGAGAUUAAGGCAAAGCAGGACCAGCCAUGCCGACGAAGCGUGCAGAAAAGAAGGAGAAGAAUCCCAUGAGGGAUUUACAGAUAAGGAAGCUUUGUCUCAAUAUCUGUGUGGGUGAGAGUGGAGACAGGCUUACAAGAGCAGCUAAAGUCUUAGAAGCCUUGACUGGACAGGGUCCAGUUUAUUCUAAAGCUCGUUACACUGUUCGUUCAUUUGGUAUUCGUCGUAAUGAGAAGAUAGCCGUUCACUGCACUGUGAGAGGAGACAAAGCAGAAGAGAUUAUAGAGAAGGGCCUACGAGUGAAAGAGUACGAGCUGUACAAAGAGAACUUCUCUGACACGGGAAACUUUGGUUUUGGCAUACAAGAGCACAUUGAUCUUGGCAUCAAAUAUGAUCCGACCAUUGGUAUAUAUGGCAUGGACUUUUACAUAGUAAUGGGAAGGAGAGGGUAUAGAGUGGCGGAGCGAAAGAGGAAGAGAGGCAAGGUUGGUUUCAGGCACCGUGUGACUAAAGAUGAAACAAUGAAAUGGUUUCAACAAAAAUAUGAGGGCAUUUUGCUACCUGGGAAGAAGAAAUAGUUGUCACUUUGUUACGGGACACGAAAUAAUAAUAAUUUAUGAAUAAUUAUUCUCUUUUUCAAAAAUUUUGAUUUAAAA